AUGGGGGCGAACUUUGGUUACUCGGCCGCUGUGUUUAGGUCUACGUACCAAGCAGUAGCGGAGUCUAGGGUGAGAGAUGCGUUAUGCACUCGAGUCGCUGCUAGCGUGAGAGUGCUAGCUAAAUUGCAGAUUACACAGAAUGCUGGUGCGAGACUCAUUAUUGGGUUGCCGAAACAAACUUCUGCUGACUCGGGUCUGCGCGAGUCUGGACUGGAGCCAAUCAACUAUCUCCUGGAUCUGGCCAUUAUAGGGUGGACUCUCCGGGCUCAGUCCUUGUUUUACACUCAUGUAGCACAGCUGACCUUGGAUGAUUGGACGGGUUUGCGAAAAUUGAAGGGAAGAGCCCCACUGCACAGAUUUGAUGAUGUGAUGGACGAACUAUCAGACAUCGGUCAAGGCGUCAUGAAGAAAGAUGGCACUGAAAAGGAGUUCAAGAGAUGUGCUGAGAACAUGCUCUCUGAUUUUGCAGAUGGGAUCCUGACAGUUUUCUCUGAUGGAUCAAAGGCUGAUGCUUAG